CAGUCCGAAGAGGAGCCGCUUCGCACCUCACAACUCCUCACCUGGCUGACUCGGUCUUCUUGUUCGGGCGCCUCACGGUCACUUUUUUCCUUCCCUGAAAACUGAGGGAAGGAUUUUUGUUCAGAGUCCUCAGACGAGCUUCAUAUCAAUAUCAGAAGACCUAGGAUCAGAUGCUUCCCUCUGUUACCAUGGAAACGGAGGCCAGUCACAUGCUGGAGCAAGCGCUGGAGCAGAUGGAUGACAUCAUUGCAGGUUCAAAGGCAGCAGAAAUGGAGUAUUCUAAUAGCUUGUAUGACCUGGGUUCCCCUAUUAGUCCAGGUCCACUGCAGGUCAUCCAGCUUGCUGAGGAUCUAAAACUGGCUUUGGAGCUUCAGCCCGACCAAGAACAGCGAGACAGCAUCAGAACACAGAUACCUACAGAUACUGCACAGGCGCUCAUGGACUGGCUGCAGAGUGGACCUGUGAACCAGAGUUCUGCCAGCAAUGAAACCUACCAGGAACGACUGGUGAGACUAGAGGGAGACAAAGAGUCACUGGUGUUGCAGGUGAGCAUUCUGACCGACCAGGUGGAGACACAGGGAGAGAAGAUAAAGGAUCUGGAAAGUUCUCUGGAGGAACACUGGCAUAAACUGGCCUCCACUGAGGACUUGUUGCAGCAGGAGCUGGUAAGCAGGACGUCUCUGGAGACUCAGAAGUUGGAUCUGAUAAAUGAGGUGUCGCUCCUCAAGCUGAAGUUGGUCAACAUGGAGGAAGCGGACACCAAAACACAACCACAGGAUGCCACGGAGGCCGAGCAGAACAAAGCCGAGUGUGUGGUAAAUUUCAUCAGUGAGCUCCAGGAGCAGAUGUGCAGGUUUCAUGAGGAGAUCAGCACUCGUAUCCAGGAGAAACGUGCCCUGGAGGAGACCGAGGCCCAGCAGGGGACACCACGGGUCCAAAGCCCAAAUGCCGCGCUGGCAGACUUGAACCCUGACUGGGGCGACACCUGGAGGCAGAGUGAAGGGCACACUGUUCACGAUUUGCUGCAAGAAGUAAAACUGCUUAAGUGCAAAGUGGAAGAUUUAGAAGGCGAGAAGAGUCAGUAUGAGAGGAAGCUACGAGCUACUAAGGUGGAGAUUUCAGGGCUGCAGCAGCUUCUGGCCUCCAAAGACGCUGAAAUCGAAUGCCUACAGACCCAACUUCUGGCCAGAGGCAGCACCGGCAAUGACAGCGCAGAGAGAGAGGAGGUGUACAUCAAGCAUCUGAUUCACAAAUACCAAGAAUACCAAAGGCUGAAGGUGGGGAUGGAGUCUCUGCUGGCCUCAAAUGACAAGAAGGAUCGCCGUAUCGAGGAGCUGACCAGUUUGCUCCACCAGUACAGAAGGAUGAGAGAGAUCAUGUUGCUCACACGGGGGAGCAGUGACGAGGAGCUGAGCUGCAAUUUGAAGCUCCGAGCGAUCGCACACAAGGCGCACUCGGAUAUCGUCAGGUCAGAGGUGUCGUCUCGAGGGUCUUCUCCUCUGAUGUCAUCUUCAUCUGCUUUUCAGAGAGAACUGGACUCCAGUAUCCUGAGCACUAUGAACUCAUCAGUUGGAUCCACUGGAGACACAAGCUUCCUUAAUGGAUGUGGCCCCGGCGCCGGAUCCUGUCCAGCACUCAGUAAAGGCAGCGAGCUCAGAGCCGAGCUGAAUGGGAACCGAGAAAGAGACAGUGGGUCGUUAUCACCCGUUCAGCUGUCACCGCUACACGACCACGAGCACGGCCUCAUUCGCUGCAGGAGUGCCAGUGCACCAGCGUUAGGAUCUCCUGAAAAACAUGGCCUGUGUGACGUCGGGCGUCCAGAGAAGCUGGAGGAGUGCGUCCUAUCCGACCAGUCCCCCCUGUCGUCCGGGGUGGACUCUGGAGAUCAGUCCCCCGUCUCACCGGAACACAGGAAGAGUCACAGAGGCAUCAAGAAACUCUGGGGCAAAAUACGCCGCAGUCAAUCAGGUAGCCCCGUCCAAGUUCACGAUCCGGAGCUGGUGGAGUUCAAGAGGGGAGGUUUCCGAGCCACGGCUGGACCGCGACUGGCCCGUACAGAGAACACCCGAGAUCUGAAGAUCCAUUUCUCUAAGUGGAACAUGGAACAGGUGUGUGAUUGGCUGGAGGAUAUUGGACUGGGUCAGUAUGGAAUUCUCGCUCGACAGUGGGUCACCAGCGGUCAGACGCUCAUGUCGGCCGGCCCGCCGACAUCGAGAGGUAAAGGAGCUGGCGAUGAGAAUCCCCUCCACAGGAAGAAGCUCCAGCUAGCCAUCAAGACGUUCAGCUCCAAGCAGCAUGAGAAGUCGUCAGAGCUCGACUACAUCUGGGUGACUCGCUGGCUGGACGACAUCGGGCUUCCUCAGUACAAAGACCAGUUCAACGAAGGAAGAGUGGACGGACACAUGCUGCAGUAUCUCACUGUGAAUGACUUGUUGUUUCUCAAAGUGACCAGCCAGCUGCACCACCUCAGUAUCAAAUGUGCCAUUCACGUUCUACACAUCAACAAGUUCAACCCAAACUGCCUCAAACGGAGGCCCAGUAACGAGAGCCAGGUCACGCCCACUGAGGUCAUGCAGUGGUCCAACCAUCGCGUCAUGGAGUGGCUCAGAUCGGUGGACCUGGCGGAAUACGCACCAAACCUGAGGGGUAGCGGCGUGCACGGAGGCUUAAUAAUCCUGGAGCCUCGGUUUAACUGGGACACACUCGCCAUGAUUCUCAAUAUUCAGCCUCAGAAAACACUGCUCAGGCGCCAUUUGACCACCAACUUCUGCAACCUGGUGGGACCACGUGCACAGCAGGAGAAGAGGGAGCACGUGGAGGCAGCCGGCUACUCCCCACUGAGCACCACCGCUAAAGUCAAGCCAAAGAAGUUGGUGUUCUCAAACCUGACCCACCUCCGGAGGCGGCGAGCAGACGGCUCCACAGACUACGUGUGUCCCGUUGAGGCGCCGUCGCCCCCUUCAGGCUCAGACCAGGCUGCAGUAAACGGAUUACAGUCACGACCGUACGCCGGCUUCAGGGGCCUGAGUCCCAUCCUGGACCGAGAGCCCGACCGCACCAGGGACCAGGUGAGGCUGGACGACUGCAGACAUCAACCGUCUCCAUGAUGAUGCAGUAUAACUGUGGCGGCGCCAUGAUGAUCGUUGUCGUCAGCUAUCACUACAUCUACACGGCUUCCUUUGCUUGCAGCCUGUAAUACCUCAGUCCAUGCCCACUUACCCUCCCUCUGAGCCCCGCCCACCAACCCCACCCAGUGCCUUAUAACUGAUAAAUUGGACACGCCCACAGAAUCUUGCCUGAUGAUAGCAAAGCGUGUGAUGUUAUUACGAAUCCACCUGAAGUAUUUUACUGAGAUGUUUAAUUAAUUUUCUCCUGAUCACAUGUUGAACUAACCGGACUUCAGCCCGACCCCUGUGCGUCUGGACUCCGCCCACUUCCUGGAAGACACAUUACGGACAUGUUUGUUCUACAGUAUUAAACCAUCAUUAACGCACUGUUACACCACACUAGUUAUAUUUUUCCUUCAUAUUAUUUACAAAAUAGAUUUUUCCUCCUAAAUUUAAACGAGGACACUUUUGUCACACAGUUGAGAUAAACUUGUGCAAUAUUUGCAUCAUUUUAUGUGGCGCUUUUAUUUAAUAUUUAUGUCUCAGCAAAGCACAUUUUUAAUUAAAACAUUUUUUGUUGGGACCUGAGGUGGUGAUUUUGUAGUUAUUUUCAUACUCGGACUGUCAUAGUAUUUUUAUAGUAAAUAAAACACUGCACACUCUUGGUCCUUAAAAAAAAAAAAAAAAAAAAGAUCUAUGCAAAUCAUUUAAUAAACAGUUAUAAACUGGU